AUGAAGAGCAUCGCCCUCCGUGGAAACUCCUCAUCGUCUGACAGCUCAGUCAACACAGAGCUCCUGUCUCGGACUGGCUACACCAUACUGGCCAUUAUCAUGGGUGUGUUCUCUGUAGCGGGGAUCAUCCUCAACGUCCUGGUUAUCGCGGUGACGGUGAGACACAGAAAACUACGGCAGCCGCUCAGCUAUGCCCUGGUUAACCUCGCCAUAUGUGACCUGGGUUGUGCAGUGUUUGGAGGCCUGCCCACCACAGUCACCAAUGCAAUGGGAUACUUCAGCCUGGGACGAGUGGGCUGUGUGUUGGAGGGUUUUGCUGUUGCCUUUUUUGGUAUAACAAGCCUGUGUACAGUUGGAGUCAUUUCUGUUGAACGCUAUGUAGUGGUGUGUUAUCCGAUGGGUGCUGUCCUGUUCCAGACCAGGCAUGCAGUUGCCGGAGUACUACUGGCUUGGGUGUGGUCAUUUGUGUGGAACACUCCGCCUCUGUUUGGUUGGGGAAGUUUUGAGUUGGAGGGCGUCAGAACUUCCUGUGCUCCUAACUGGUACAGCCGAGAUGUCGGAAACAUGUCGUACAUUCUCAUAUACUUCGCCCUUUGUUUCGCCGUGCCCUUCUCCAUCAUCAUGGUGUCCUACUCACGACUGUUAUGGACCCUCCGUCAGGUGACCAAGCUGCAGGUGUCUGAGGCUGGAAGCACAUAUCGUGUGGAGGUGCAGGUGGCACGCAUGGUGGUGGUGAUGGUGUUGGCCUUCCUAGUCACCUGGCUGCCGUAUGCCGCAAUGGCCCUUGCUGUCGUCGUAGACUCCAGUGUACACAUUGACCCUGUCAUCGCCACUAUACCUGUUUACUUCGCCAAAAGCAGCACUGUCUACAACCCCAUCAUAUAUAUUUUCAUGAACAGACAGUUUCGAGGCUACGCUAUUCCUGCUGUUCUGUGUGGAUGGAAUCCGUGGGCCACAGACCCUCAGAUGUCUGAGGCUGAGACCUCUGUUGCCUCUGUCAGCAAGAGCCAAAAAGGCUCACGUCAAGAAUCUUUAAAAGAUUAA